GGAACACUUGCCCUUCUUUGAACUUGAAUCGUCGUCUCUGAUUUUCUUUGUCCACCGUGUCAUUAGCUCUUGGCAAGUCCUUGUUCAAGCCGACUGUCAUGAGCCAUGGAAGCACGCACGACCUACCCAAGGAGUGUCGUAUCAGUGAAAUCAUGCAGUACAUCUGCACCCCCCAAAGAGGUGCAUUCGGGCCGUCAGUUCAUUGCACGCCAGUUCCACGCUUGUUCCGGAUAUGCCCCAACAUACCUGCAGUAGAAGUAACUCGGGUGCUCAACAUUGAUCUGGCCACUGGUGAUGUAGCGGUCCCGAAGGACCUGAGCUCCCAGCUACCCACCGGCAAAGCCUGGUGCGAUGUUGUCAAGCACGACAAAAUACAAGAGCCGAAGUCCUGAAUCUCUGGACAACAUCGAGGGCGCUGUUCCUCCUCACUCUGUUCGCAUCCCGCUCCAGAUCACUUUCGGGCAGUCGCUGCCUGCAUAGCCUUGUGUAACGUCUUUCACAAAGAACGGACAUGUCUCCCGUCCAUCGGGGCGGUCACCAGUCGCUCGCCAUCCGUGAUCAUCCAUCUGAGUUCUUGAGCUCUCUCCAGUUGUGAACAAAGAUUUAACAAAGAAGUGCAUGUCCGAACAGCCAAAGACAUCAGACAAGACAUCAGCCAUCCUUGGAAACGGAUGGAUCAGUAAACGGGACGGCAUCUUGGGCUAUAGCUCCAUCCAAUCUGCCUGUAAGACGACUGAACCGUAGUCUGACUUCAAAGAAGCUCUGGUGUACUCCAAAGAGCCUGAGAAAUCAACGUCCACCUCCGCCUUCCUCCAUGCAAUAUCCGUCAAGGCAGACCUCGCAUCUUCCGAUGCGCUGAUCAUCCAUCGAAAUGCUCGCAUCCGUCAAUGCCGGUCAGAAAUUGACGCUCUCCCAAAUCUUGCCGCAGAAAUCAACUUCGAAAUGGAUGAAACGGAGCUGGUGACCGCUGGUUGCCAUGUUCAAAGAGGAAGGAUCAGGCGAGGGAUGGACGCAACAAUAGUGCAGUCUUUGGUGGCUUCAGAACCGAAGCUUGAAGACUUGGACAAGUAUCGUUCUCUGGACACGUCCCUGCCCCAGAUUCUGCCCUGAAGAUCUGUCCCGCCAGGGCUGAUUCGCGCAUCAGUUGUCGUCAGGUGGACUGCACGGGGUGAUGCGGCUGAUGCUCAUGCACACAACAAAGAUUUUCCCAGGCAUCUGACAGCGGGAUCUGCAAAAAAAUACCUAUCCGUGGGAUCAAUCGAUCAGGUUGGUCGUCUCUCGGUUGCGUGGCAGGAAGCGACCAUCGUGUACGGUGUACAGCCCGUCGCAUCUCAUUGCUAGUUAGCAACGCUCUGCUCUCAUCCAUCUCCCAGGUUAUGCAACAGUGUUUUAAAGCCCUGCCGGCGCGUUGUCGCAAUGAUCUCAAGGCUCUUCAACGACCUAGAGUGAUCUGCACUGCAAUGUCUAACGAUUCUCAAGAUCAACCGCUCGGACGGACGGAAUAUAAUAACCCUCAUGCUACCGAUAAUAUCACAGUCGUGCCUCUCCCUCAUCUCUUUUCUUCAUCGUCCCCUUCUCUUCUGGCUUAUCACCGACGACACUCCGAUACGACAUCCACUAAUAGUUCUAGACGCAUUCGACCCUACCCAAUCCAGCCUCCGCGCUACCACAGCUCACGCAUAGACGACAUCUUGCGCAUAGACGAUAUUCUAGACAUGGCCACUGCUCCUGCUUUCUGGAACUCUUCCUCUUCCUCCUCGUCCUCCUCCCGCCGUCGUACAUCCGACGAGAACCAGCAAUUCGCGUACUCGGGGUACCCCUCAAUGCCUUAUCCUGGUCCUGACACGUCUGAUCACCGGUCAUCCCGUUCAUCAGGCUCAAGCGGCACGUCGAGCUUAAGCGCAGCCAUGGGUGAAGUACCGCUACCCGCGAGCAAUAUGGCGCUCCUUCCAAACGCCAUGGGAUGGAAUCAGCCACAGUCUUCCCUGCUCCCUGCGCAGUCUGGCUAUGCGCCCAGCACGAGCACCCCGUUCUUGGACACCUCUGGAUACUCUUAUGGCAGCUCCCCGGAAUCCAUCUCUCCAGGGUCUCCAUCUUACACGGCAGAUGUUCGCGAGUCCUUCAGAGGUUAUCCUGCGACGACAAUCGACGCCUCCCACUCAUCUCCACACCCCAAGGACAUCGAGAAUGGGAACCUUUGGAAACGAGUCCGGGACCUUGAGCGAGUGGUCGAGCGCCAACGCAGCCAAAUCUACACCCUUGAAUCUCGAGUGUCUCAGCGGUCUUCCGGCUCUCCACCAGCCAACAGCUCUCCAGCGCCUUCUGCCGCUUUCCAGGCCUCAUGGCGAGCGCGGACGAAUGCGCGGAUCAGUCAGUUCUGCUCCGUCAAUCGAGCCGGGAACGCUCUCUGUGCUUGGCACGACUCCCGUCGGGAACGUCGAGUGUACCCUCCGCGCAUGGCACCAGCGGGCUACCUCAACUGUGGCUGCACGUUCGAAGAGGCGCUGUUCGAGGAGAGUCUUGCUCGGCAUCACGUGGGCAGCUACAACCCCGGCGAGACUGUCCGCAUGGAUCCGGCUCUGCGGAAGCCGCUGCUGAAGCUGCUGCAGACGAGGUACGGUUACAAGGACGGCGACUUUGAGCGCGAUGCGCGCACCGGAGACUGGAUUCCGAACGAAGGGCCCGCAAUCUGGGAGCAACAGAUCCAGGCUGGCACCAACCCACGACGAGACCGCCACGCAUGAUCUCCUCACGAACUAUAUUUAACUAACUUACUUGGACGGACAUUUGAGCAUCUUAAUCCUGCAUAGCAUCCCAUCAUCUCCCACUGUAGUACUACCAUAUUGUCUCACUAGUUGUUGUACAGAUAGUAUCCCCUGUAAAUAGCUUAUAACCCACCGCGUACUUACCUUGCCAUCGAACUCUAAUCAUCGUAGUCAACUCGGCCAGACUCGGCCCAAUUAAAUCGCGUUCGGACCUCUACACUCCUCCCAUCUCUUUGAUCUCCGCCACGGAUCAAACGCGUCGACUGUCAUCUCAUCUACUCCCUCCACCGUCUGAGAUCCAUGACGACCAGACGGUGUUUACUAAUCCACCUUUGCGUCACUUCCUGCGUGGCGGUACUCUGGCCACGAAGUUGGGUGCCAACGAACAUUGCUGAGAACAGCGGCAUCGCAGACCACGCGCUCGCGUCUGAAGUCACGGGUCUCUUGCAUGAUCACGAUGCUCUGGAGCGGUACGCCCAGCGACCGGACUGUUUCGGCCGUGUGGCAUCGAAGAUCCGCACACAGUGCGGAGACCUAGAGCACAAUAUGGACGAGAGGGUCCGGGCGGCCAUCUCGAUGACAAUCUGCGAACUGGAAACAGCGGAACACUCUUCGAUUCCCUUGGAGUGCGCCACGUACUCGGUGGACUCCGCGCGGGUGUCCCACAAGAUCUCGCAUGGGAAAUGUGUCGAGGCUUUGGGGAGGAGCGCGCAGCACUGGGCGAGCUAUUCUGGGCAUUUGCAGAGAAUUCCCCAGCUGUGCUUUGCUUACCGUCGCUGGAACGAUAUAGACACUGCCAAAAGUAUCUAUAGAAACAUCACUCUCAAGUCGGAUGCGUUGAUGGAGAUCUUGCUUGCCAAAGAGCGGUCGGAAGCAAGUCACAGACAGCAGUGGGAAGCUCAAGCCGAGGACUUGGGUGAUCUUGUAUUCUCUCUGAAAUCGACCUCUGAUGGGGUAGAGGCGCAUAUACGCACGACUCAGGCCCGCAUACAGGCAGAGUUGCAGUCUGCGUUUGCUGAGCUUGCGAUGUAUCGUACCUCGGCACACACAGAUGCGUCGGAACUUGUGCAGCACAUGCGCAUCGAGCUCAAAACGAUAAUGCGAGAGCACGUACAAUCUCUGCACCAAGUGUUUCCUGCACUUGAGAGUUCGUUAACCGAUCAUAUGCAAGCUGCGCUUGCUCUAUUUCGAGAUCAGAGUGUCCAAGUCUCGGCUUCAGUCGCAUUUGCUCAGCACGAGUGGUCCAAUCUGGUCGUCCAAUUUGUGGAUAUGCAUCAAAGGCUCGCGAUUCUCUCGGGGAGCAUCGUCGAGAAUGCCGAUCUCAUGAACACAUCAAUCGAGCAGGCCAAGUCUGUGCUCGCCGCUCAGAAGGAUGUUGAACGUUCGGCUUCAGGACUGUCGACCACACUACAUCAACUAUCGAACACCACACUCGAAACUCUUAUGCAUGUGAAUGGCACUCUCAAUCGAUUGACCCAGACUACUCCUUAUCGUGACUGGAUUCUGUCGUGGAUUACCCCGACUGCAUCCUUCAUAUCUGCAGACACCAGCCGUCUUGUCCUCGCCUUAUCUCGAUGGCUCUACUCCCUGUUUCAGUGCCUGUUCUUUGCAUCCAGCAUCCUAUUCUUUCCCUUGCGCACUAUUCUUGCUAGAAAUCCGGCGAACAAAUCUCUACGUGAACGUUGGCCGAUAGAAACAAGCGAUCUCGCACGAUACCCGAACUACUAUCAGCAGUCCGAGCAAUCAUCGAACAGCAUCGCAUUACAUCCUAUGGACUUGUAUCGAAGCCGUAUCCCGGAUAGACUGCUCAGAAAGAGGAGCCCGCGUUGGUAGCUUUUGUUGUCCCAGCAAGGAACUCGGAUAAUCACUCAAAGGACUUGUGUUGUACAGUAGCUCUGUUGUAAAUUGUAACUUCGGUGUGGUCGAGGACUUGAAAGUGUCAUCUAUGGUGUCACUGUGAUGCCUCCUCGGUCCGGAAUGGGCAUUUGUAUCCACACUUCGGGACCUGUAUCAAAAACAUACCAUCGGCGAACUACGCGCAAAACGUAGGCCGAAGCAAGAGCAGACCGUGCCAAUACGUAUGAGCAAGCGUCCCAACAGAAUUUAGCCUAGGGUAGCAAAGUCUGCGUGGGGGUAGACCGUCCCGGGCGAAUGAGCUACUUGGAUAUAGUAUACGAGCGCGAUGGUGGACUGGUGUCCCGGUCCGGAGAUUCGUACUGGUAUGACCUGUAUCAGGGCACGCCUACCGAGGCCAGCCUGAUUGGCGCAGGGAGCGCGGUGCAGAUGACGAGACAGCAGACACGAGGAUGAUCAGGCAAGGCAGUGUAUGUCGUGCUGUUUACAUAGCAGUCGGGAACCGCCCGGUUCCGCAGUGAGUGCGAAUCCGAGCACACGCGGUCGCGAUAUUAUGUGACCCUCGGGGCUUAGACUUCAGAAUCAUCUGGCAAAACAGAGCCCAUCCAGAGCCCAUGAGAAAUGUAGGAUCACAGAAAACAAGGUGGGAAAUCCCAGAACGAGGACAAGUGGUGUCUCAUGAAAGAGUUCAUAAAAGUGGAGGGUGCAGUGACGGUGUGACAUUAUAA